AUCUUGGGCUGCGAGCCGGCUCGGUAGGCUCCACUCUAGGGGCGGAGUGGCUGCUCCUCUGUUACUCGCAGUAGACGUCUCCGCCGGGGACUGGGAAGUCAGAGCACGGAGGGUACCACAUUAAUGGAUGCCAUGGCUAGUCCAGGGAAAGAUAACUAUAGAAUGAAAAGUUAUAAGAAUAAAGCCCUAAAUCCUCAAGAGAUGCGUAGACGAAGAGAAGAGGAAGGAAUACAGCUUCGAAAACAAAAAAGGGAAGAACAGUUGUUCAAACGCAGAAACGUCUCUUUGCCCAGAAAUGAUGAAUCUAUGCUGGAAAGUCCUAUCCAGGAUCCGGAUAUCAGUUCCACUGUACCCAUUCCAGAGGAAGAAGUUAUUACUACAGAUAUGGUUCAGAUGAUUUUUUCUAAUAAUGCUGAUCAACAGCUAACAGCAACACAGAAAUUUAGAAAACUGCUUUCUAAAGAACCUAAUCCACCGAUAGACCAAGUUAUACAGAAACCAGGAGUCGUACAGAGAUUUGUGAAAUUUCUUGAAAGAAAUGAAAAUUGUACUUUACAAUUUGAAGCUGCAUGGGCAUUAACUAAUAUAGCAUCUGGAACUUUUCUGCAUACCAAGGUAGUGAUUGAAACUGGAGCUGUUCCAAUUUUUAUCAAACUUCUUAAUUCAGAGCAUGAAGAUGUUCAAGAACAGGCUGUUUGGGCACUUGGUAAUAUUGCUGGUGACAAUGCAGAAUGCAGAGAUUUUGUUUUGAAUUGUGAAAUACUUCCACCUCUUUUAGAGUUAUUAACAAAUUCAAACAGACUCACAACAACCAGAAAUGCUGUAUGGGCCCUCUCAAAUUUAUGUAGAGGCAAAAACCCUCCUCCAAACUUUAGUAAGGUUUCACCUUGCUUAAAUGUCCUAUCACGAUUGUUGUUUAGCAGUGACCCAGAUGUGUUAGCAGAUGUGUGUUGGGCCCUUUCUUAUCUCUCCGAUGGACCUAAUGAUAAAAUUCAAGCAGUCAUUGAUUCUGGAGUCUGUCGAAGAUUGGUGGAACUUUUGAUGCACAAUGAUUAUAAAGUUGUGUCACCUGCAUUAAGAGCAGUUGGUAAUAUUGUGACUGGUGAUGAUAUUCAAACACAGGUCAUUUUGAAUUGUUCUGCGUUACCCUGUCUCUUACACUUAUUGAGUAGCCCAAAGGAGUCAAUUAGAAAAGAAGCCUGCUGGACCGUUUCUAACAUCACUGCUGGAAACAGAGCUCAGAUUCAGGCUGUUAUAGAUGCAAAUAUUUUUCCUGUUUUGAUUGAGAUUCUUCAGAAAGCGGAGUUUCGCACCAGAAAAGAAGCGGCUUGGGCUAUAACCAAUGCAACAUCAGGAGGCACUCCAGAGCAAAUAAGGUAUUUGGUAGCCUUAGGCUGCAUUAAACCACUUUGUGAUCUUUUGACUGUUAUGGACUCCAAAAUAGUCCAAGUAGCUUUAAAUGGACUUGAAAAUAUUUUACGUCUUGGAGAACAAGAAUCUAAGCAGAAUGGAAUAGGCAUUAAUUCAUACUGUGCUCUCAUUGAAGAAGCGUAUGGUCUGGAUAAAAUUGAGUUUCUGCAAAGCCAUGAAAAUCAGGAAAUUUACCAGAAGGCUUUUGAUCUGAUUGAACAUUACUUUGGUGUAGAAGAAGAUGACCCCAGCAUUGUACCUCAGGUGGAUGAAAACCAACAACAGUUUGUAUUUCAGCAGCAGGAAGCACCAAUGGAAGGGUUUCAGCUUUAACUUGGUGGAAGUAAAAAAUUAAUGGCUAAAAAGGGUAGCUUUACAUAUUUCCUUUUUGUUGCCAGUGUCAAUGUUUGAUGUUUUUUGCAUAGAAUAGAAAAGAAAGAAUUUGAUGCACUUUUUAAAAGCAAAACAAAAACAAAUAUUUCCAUUCAGGUGCAAUCUUUCAUUGUAGUUUGUUCACUUGUUUGUUUGUUUGUUUGUUUGUUUGUUUUGAUGUGCCUGUAUUUAUGUCUUUUGUUAUUUGGAUUUUUGUAUCUGUUUAUGAACAAUUAUGCAAUUAUUUAAUAACUUAAGCUUGAAAUGAAGAACUUUGGUAAAGUAUUACAUAAUGAUUCUGAAUUUUUUCAAGCAUUCUUGGGAACUGCACAUUAGCAGUACAGCUAUUGAUAAUUGUACUUUGGCAGUAAAUCAGACAUGCCCAAUCUCUACUAAAUCUACCUCUACUUUGAAGCAAAAAUAAAAACAAAAAAGCUUCAGAAGCAUGAAAUAAGUGGAAAAGCUACAUUAGAAUGUGAAAAUAUUUAUUACCUUAAAUUAUAAAUCACUGUGCUGUAGGUUAUACUUUGUAAAAAAAAAAAAAAAAAUUGCAACAGAAAACCCGUAAAAUUAUUUAUAAAACAUAGAAGAGCUGUUGUACUGAUAAUCAGUUAAAAUGUGACAAUUGUGAAGAGAGAAGCUGUUCUUCAUGUUGAACACAUUAAAAAGAUUAUUUUACAAAACAUUUAAAUAUU